GUUGGUCUGUACUCUGUGACAUGAAAGCAAAAAAUUUCAAAAGUUUUUGUUUGGAUUUUAUUAGGUAUUUCAAAGGUUUUUACAAGCAUGAAUAAUUAAUAAGUUACUCAUAGUAAUCAUUUGAAACUAACAGCCAUGACGGAUCAAUCGUCUAGGAAAACCGUGAAAGUGGUAGUUUUGGGAGAUAUAGGAAGAAGUCCACGGAUGCAAUAUCAUGCUUUGUCCCUAGCUGGUUGCGGUCAUAGAGUGAAUCUUAUCGGUUACGUGGAAACACAGCCGCUUCCUGAAAUACUAGAAAAUCCGCUGAUAACAGUAACCAAACUCCACCCCUUGAAAGUCGAAAGAUAUCCCAAAAUUGUUCAGUAUUUCCUAAAAGCCUUAUGGCAAAGUAUAAGUAUGUUUUUAACGUUAUUGGUUACUGGAAAAUGCAGCUAUUUACUUUGCCAGAAUCCGCCUGCAAUACCUACUUUACCGGUGUGCAGAUUUUAUUGUCUUGUUACCCAUACGAAGUUUGUAAUUGACUGGCAUAACUAUGCCUGGUCUAUCAUGGCUCUGUCUUUGAAAUCCGACCAUCCACUUCUGAAAGUUUCUACUUAUAUAGAAAAGUUCUUUGGUCAGUCGUCUGAUAAUAACUUGUGUGUAACAUAUGCUAUGAAAAGGGAUUUGUUGGAAAAGUGGAAUAUAUUAGCAACAGUGCUGUAUGACAGACCUCCAAAAAUAUUUCACCCAAUAACACUGCAAGAGAAACACGACUGGUUCAUCAAAAUUGGUCAGCAAUACAAAGAGUUUAGAAGUUCAGAGUAUGACAGUGGAGAUUGCAAUCGGACUGCAUUUACUGUUGUAGUAGAUAAUGCUGUAAGAUUAAGGUAUGAUCGACCAGGACUUCUGUUUAGCAGUACUAGCUGGACGCCGGACGAAGACUUCAGUAUACUAAUGGAGGCUUUACAAGUUUAUGAAACAAACUACAAUUUAUCACAGAAGCUGCCAAAACUUAUAUGUGUGAUAACGGGUAAAGGACCCAUGAAAGAGCACUAUACAAAGCAAAUAGCUUCUCGCAACUGGGAACAUGUGGCUGUGGUGACCCCAUGGCUUGAGGCGUGCGACUACCCUACAAUGGUAGCUAGCGCAGACCUUGGGGUCUGUCUACACACUAGUUCCUCGGGUCUAGACCUUCCUAUGAAGGUUGUUGACAUGUUUGGUGCAGGGUUACCUGUUUUAGCCUGUGAUUUUAAUUGCCUUGAUGAACUAGUGCAUGAUGGUGAAAAUGGCUAUGUAUUUAAAACUAGUGAUGACUUAUCCAAGCAAAUUGUGUCAUGGUUUGAAGAGUUCCCUAAUAACACUAAUCAAAACAACAUUGCAGAUAGUAUGAGAGAAAAACUAGCAAAAUUCCAGGAAUCCAGAUGGGAAGAUAAUUGGAAUUUGAGAGCUAAAAAAUUCUUUGAAUGACAAUGUUAAUUCUAAUAGAUGACUAAUAGUAUAGUUAGGCAUAUAGCAAUUUAUUAUGUGAAUUUUUGUGAUACAUUAAAAUAUUUUUUUUAUUAUUGAGAAUUGGUGAAAGAUAUAUGAAUAAAUAUUUAUACAUUAAA